UCAGCCUUUCUGCGGGCGGGAGUCCUGCGGAGGGCACCGCGAGGUGGGAGACGCGGGCAGCUGUGCGAGACUCUGCGUUCCGCUGAGCGAGCACGACCCACACCCGCCGGUUACCCCACACCCCCCUCCCGGAUAACACGCCGUAAGAGGGGAACUAGCGGACGCGGCUCUGUUUCCUCCCGAGCGCGCUAGGUAGGGCCCCGGCCGGCCGGGUUGACAGAGAGCGGGGACCGCUGCGGCCAUGGCCCUGUGCGCGGCCUCCCGGCGCGGCCGUUGGCUCGUGCGCGCGCUCGCCGCGCCGUUGGCGCCGGGGUGGCCCCGGACCCCGCAGCCGCUGCCCGCCGCGGCCCUGCUGCCGGCGGCGGGGCUCCGCCUGCUGCCGUCCGCCGUACGGUUCGCCAGCAGCGAGGGGCGCGGGCCGGGGGCCGACGGGCCGCAGCGGAAGGUCGUUGUCGUGAGGAUCACCAGCCCCAUCAUGUGGCUCCGCACCCGCUUCUAUUAUCUCCUCAUCCGCCUCUACUUCGACCAGGACUUCAGCAUCGAGGAGUUCACACGAGGGGCCAAGCAGGCCUUCUCUCUUGUUUCAAAGCUGCUGUCUCAGCGUAAACUUGAUCUGCUGGAAGAACUUGUAUCAGAAGAGGCACUUAAGGUUUUGAAGGAAAAAAUUUCAUUGCUUCCUGACAACCACAGGGAUGCCUUAGCAGCUGACAUAGAUGCAAUCAUGUACACAACAGAAGGAGAUGUUCGCAUUUACUAUGAUGAUGAUGGAAGGAAAUUUGUUAGUAUACUGAUGCGUUUUUGGUAUCUGAAUGGUGCUAAUUUACCUGAUGAGGUACCAGGUGAAACCAAAGUAUUCCAGAUUAUGUUUGGAGAUGAACGUACGAAAGAAAAAAAACAUCUUUUAACAGCAAACUAUGAGUUUCAAAGAGAAUUUACAGAAGGAGCAAAACCAGACUGGACUAUUACACGGAUUGAACAUCCAAGGCUAUUAGAAUAAAUGUCUUCUGCAAUGUCUUUAUGUACCAUUAUAAAUGUUCUGACAUAACACAUCAGACACUUUUUGGUCUCUUUCCCCUUCCUCCUAUCUCACUCAAAAGAGGGAUGGAUUUUGUAUAUUUGUUUCCCAAAAUCGUUUCUGAAAUUUACACUAUGCUGAAGCAUUACAAUAAAGCCUUUUCCCUGGAA